AUGGCGUGGUAUUCCAUCCUCCCACCGCAGCUUAUCCAGGUCGAGAGCUGGGCAGUGCGGAUUUUUUUCCUCCUCGGCCUCAUCACUAUCGUCCCUUGGGCCGCGCUCAUUCUCUUUGACGCAGGCCUGUGGCUCUACCGAAUGCUCUUGUGGGAACUACCCUGGAUAGGCGGACGCGCACGUGGCCAGCAGCGACCCCGUGCACCAAGUCUGAACGAACGACCUGACGGACAACGACGAGCGUUUGGACUGCGUGGCGUGGAGACUGAUACCGAUACCGGUCAAGAACACUCGGGCGACGCGAGGGCAGAUGAGAAGAAAGGGAAAGAGAAUAUACCUACCACCGACGCGGCUCAUUCAAAGGCUAGCGGGGAGGUUAAAUUUAGAGCGUCUGGGCGGGCAUGA